AUGGCCAGGGACCCUGACAGCGCGCGGAGGUGGGCGACCCUGGUGGUGCUGGCCACCCUGGGCACGGCUGUGACAACGACUACCAACCCCGGCAUCGUGGCCAGGGUCACCCAGAAGGGCCUGGACUACGCCUGCCAGCAGGGAGUGGUUACUCUGCAGAAGGAGUUGGAGAAGAUCACAAUUCCCACUUUUUCAGGAAGCUUUAAGAUAAAAUACCUCGGGAAAGGGCAAUACUUCUUCUCCAGCAUGGUUAUUCAAGGAUUCAGUCUUCCCAAUUCCCAGAUAAGACCGUCGCCAGGUGAGGGCCUUGAUCUCACUAUCAGAGAUGCCAGUAUCAACAUCAGAGGAAAGUGGAAGGCACGAAAGAACUUCAUCAAACUCAGCGGCAAGUUUGACCUGAGUGUGGAAGGCAUCUCUAUUUUGGCGGGUCUGAAGCUGGGCUAUGACCCUGACUCGGGCCACUCCACAGUCACCUGCUCCAGCUGCAGCAGUCACAUCAACACCGUCCGCAUACGCAUCUCUGGCAGCAGGCUGGGGUGGCUGAUCCAACUCUUCCACAAAAGAAUCGAGUCUUCGCUCCAAAACGCCAUGACCAGCAAGAUCUGCGAGGUGGUGACUAGUACUGUGUCCUCCAAGCUGCAGCCUUAUUUUGAGACACUGCCAGUGACAACCAAACUAGACAAAGUGGCUGGGGUCGAUUACUCGCUGGUAGCCCCUCCAAGAGCCACAACCGAUAACCUGGAUGGGCUGCUGAAGGGGGAGUUUUUCAGUCUGGCCCAUCGCAGCCCCCCGCCCUUUGCCCCCCCACCGAUGGCCUUUCCCGCCGACCACGACCGCAUGGUGUACCUGGGCAUCUCUGAGUAUUUUUUCAACACGGCCGGGUUCGUGUAUCAGGAGGCUGGAGCCCUGAAUCUGACCCUCAGAGACGACAUGAUUCCAAAGGAAUCCAAGUUCCGCCUGACAACCAAAUUCUUUGGAACCCUGAUACCCCAGGUGGCCAAGAUGUUCCCUGACAUGCAGAUGCAGCUCUUCAUCUGGGCCUCUUUGCCUCCGAAACUCACCGUGAACGCCAGCGGCCUUGACCUCAUCUUUGUCCUGGACACCCAGGCCUUUGCCAUCCUCCCAAACUCCUCCUUGGAUCCCCUCUUCCAGCUUGAAAUGAACUUGAACCUUUCUGUGCUUCUUGGUGCCAAGUCCGACAGACUGAUUGGAGAGCUCAGAUUGGACAAGCUGCUCCUGGAACUGAAGCACUCAGACAUCGGCCCCUUCUCGGUUGAGUUGCUGCAGUCUGUCAUGAACUACGUCAUGCCCACCAUUGUUCUUCCAGCGAUUAACAGGAAGCUACAAAAAGGAUUCCCUCUCCCGCUGCCCGCCUACAUCGAGCUCUACAACCUGGUCCUUCAGCCUUACCAGGAUUUCCUGCUGUUCGGUGCAGAUGUCCACUACAGCUGA